AUGCUUGUGAGCGAAGAUCCGUGUCCCACCGCGAAACUGAUCCGGGGCCAAGGAAAGUUUGGCUUUUGCCCCGCCGCCUUGGGCUCCCUCCAGCGCGAUCGCCCACACCUUCUAGGCCAUGUCCGGGCUCGGGGUGGGGAGCUUUCCGGGGCGGGCGGCUGCACGGAAGGGACUGCAGAUCGGACGUGUCCACGUCCCACUGCCCUAAACCCAGCAGGGGAGGCCGACGACGACGGGGGGGAGCCCGGGCCCACGCGUGUCCCCCUCCCACUCCGGUCCCGGGGUCGGUUAACGAAGCCCUUGUCAUUUGCUGAUUGUGUUGGGGAUGAGCUACCAUGGGGAUGGGAAGCAGGCUUUGACCCCCAGAUUGGUGUCUACUACAUCGAUCACAUCAACAAAACUACACAGAUAGAAGAUCCAAGAAAACAAUGGCGAGGGGAGCAGGAGAAGAUGCUCAAGGACUAUCUCUCAGUGGCCCAAGAUGCACUUAGGACACAAAAGGAGCUGUAUCAUGUAAAAGAACAAAGACUGGCUUUGGCUCUAGAUGAAUAUGUACGGUUAAAUGAUGCCUAUAAGGAAAAGUCAAGUUCUCGCACAAGCUGUAAGUAUGGUAUGGCUAUCCAGACUUGA